AUGCAGGCUCCUACUAUUCCUGAAUUUGUGCGUAUUACACCAGACAUGGAGGCACCCGCAACCCCGUCCUCCGAGGCCAAACCUAGUUUUUUUGCUAGCCUAUUCGGCACUCCCAGUAAGGCUGAUGACCAACCAAAAGCAGCAGACUCGGCAUCAGCACCUAGCGCUGCGGCGGUGACUGAAGCAACAGAAUCCGAGUCUGAUCCUCUACCAGACGCUAGAAGUGCAUCUGGCAUCGUCACAAACGCAAAAGACCCGACAGCGGAUGUUGAAGAGCCGCAACUCAAGACGGACUUCGGACAUGCAGCCAAUGAGCCCGAGACCGAGCCUGCCGAGGCUGAGGCCACCGAGACCAAAGCUUCUGAGAAUACCACUCCUAAGACCGACCCACCCGAGCACGAGACCCCCGAGAUGGCAGCUCCUGAGACUGACACUCCCAAAAUUGAAGCUGCUGAGACUGAGACCCCCGAGAUGGAAGCUCCUGAGACCGAGGCCCCCGAGAUGGAAGCUCCUGAGACUGACACUCCCGAUAUCGACGCUCCCGAGACUGAAACCCUCGAGGUCGAUGCUCCCGAGACCGAUGCUCCCGAAACCGACGCUCCUGGAACUGACACUCCCGAGACCGUUGCUCCCGAGACUGACGCUUCUGAGACUGAAAUCCUCAAGGUCGAGUCUUCCGAGAGCGGGGAACAGCAAUCAACAGAAUCCAAGGCUGAACCGGCUAGAUCAACAGUUCAUCAAGAACCAGAGCUCGUUGGCACUUCUGGCUCAGACGAUGAACCAAACCCCAAGGCUUCAGCCAACGAUCAAGAGGCAACUUCAAACGAUUGUGACGCAAAGGGCGCAGCGAUAGCAACCUCUGACGUCCAGGCGAGGGCUGAUGGAAGCGAUGAGGACGAGGAGACUUGGUGA